GGACUGGAUUCACCUGGCUCAGAAUAGCUGAGCAGUUGUUGGCUUCUCAAGAAGGAUUUGGCUCCGUGGAUUUAGUUAUGGUGUUCCUCCAAAGAAAUAUGUCGGUACAAGGGGGAUAGACAGUACUGAAGAUCUUUCCAAUAGAAAAGUUUAAGCUGAAUUUUAAGUUUUACCUUAUUUCACUGUGUGUUAUUUGCACAUAGCAGACAACAUUAUAUGGCCUCUGUGGAAGAAAGUUAUGAUGCAGCAGGUUGAGUACAUCUGAGAUUAAUUUAGUAUUGUGCUACAUUUGUUAUUAUAAUAUGGUUCUUUGUAGUUUGGUAUUUUAUAUAUAGCAUUUCAUGGAUACAGAGUUAGAGAAUGUAGGAUGCGGAAUAAGUCAUAUUGUAAUAUAAGAAAAUUAAAUUAUCCUGAAAUUUGUCUAGGGCAACUGAAGAAGACUAACACACCUCUCACAUGUUAAAUGGUCUCAGAUAGUGAAUCUUGGAUCUUUGAAAGACAAGUAGCAAGCAAUAACUAUGUCAUGGAUCUUUGAAAGACAAGUAGUAAGCAAUAACUAUGUCAUAACGUUUAGCAAGGUCAAAGUAGUACAGACCAAAGAAGGGAAUUUUCCACUGUACAGAAUGUGUUCUUACCUUGAUAAGGGGUUAAAAAGCCACACACGGGAAGUUUAUUAUCUAGACCGGAAGUGGGUGAGAUAAAUAUCAGGUGGCAGGAACCUGAAUAUACUAAGAAUGAAAUGCCAAAGGAAUUGCUCCAUUUUUCAGUUUUACAGUGGAGUCAACAUCAAACAGCACAGAACAAAGCACUGAACAUAAUACAUAUGCAUUCAGAUGAGAGAACCUGGAUAACUCAUAGUGAUGGCAGGAACAAAGUUAAAGCAUGAGCUGGGGCAACAUUUGGUUAAGAAGAAGGUGACCUGCACUGGUCCAUGUGUCCAACUUGCAAUCAAGACUGUUGCAAUUAUCUUAGUGUAUUAUACAUUGUCUAUUGGACUCACCUUCUAUCAGCGUCGAUUUCUUCAGGAAUUCAACUUCCCCCUGUCUGUGGUGCUGUGUCACUUAGUACUAAAGUUUGUUAUUGCAUCCCUGUGUCGCACAGUGUGGAAAUGCUGUACAUCAAAGCAAAGAGUUGUCCUAAACUGGGGAAACUUCUUGAAGAAAGUGGCACCUACAGGAAUUUCUAGUGGACUUGAUGUUGGAUUGUCUAACUGGGGACUGGAACUUAUACCUGUAUCUUUGUAUACGAUGACAAAAUCUACAGCCAUUAUAUUCAUACUAGGAUUUGCACUCCUCUUCAAAUUGGAAGAAAAGUCAUGGACCUUGUGUAUCAUUGUAGUCAUGAUAUCUGGUGGAUUAUUUCUCUUCACCUAUAAGGCUACAGAGUUCAACUUUUUGGGGUUCAUACUUGUUUUAACAGCAUCAUUCACAAGUGGGCUUCGGUGGACUUUAGCACAGCUUGUGAUGCAGAAAUCAAAACUGGGUUUGGAAAAUCCCAUAGACAUGGUGUAUCAUGUGCAGCCAUGGAUGAUUGUGCCCAUACUACCCCUUGCAAUUGGUUUUGAAGGUGUGGCACUGGCCAGCAACUGUAAAUUCUUCCGUUAUCAUGAUGCGAAUGUUUUUGUCAUCACUUUGCUGCAGAUUAUAGCAGGGGCUCUUCUGGCAUUCUGCAUGGAAGUCGCAGAGUUCAUGGUUGUCACACACACUUCCAGCCUCACCCUGUCUGUGGCAGGCAUCUUCAAGGAGGUGUGCACGCUGAUACUGGCUGUUGAAACUGGUGAUCAGAUGAACUUAAUCAAUGUUGUGGGGUUAUUUUUCUGUUUGGGAGGAAUUAUUUUCCAUGUCUUGCACAAAUCGACUAUUGCCAGCAGAAGAAGCAAUGUGAAUGAGUUUGAAGGAGAUCUGUACAACACUGAGGGAGAUGCAAAGCAGUCAGACAGUGGCUCGGAUUUACGAGUGCCUCUGCUUGCAGAUUCCUCUGUCAUGUUCACAUCAGGGAACAUUUAUAGCACAGAUGAGAGUGAUGAGGACUCAUCAAACGUUCUGUUCAACAUUCUGCAGAGAAGGGACAACUCAAAGUAGAGGUCUUAGUCAUAACUUGCCUUGUUUGAUUUUUAUACAGUUUCACUUUUGUGUUUCAUGUUGGUGGAAUGAAAAUCAGAAUACUUCUUAAGUAAUGGCUGUUGUGGAUGUAUUUAAAAAUGAAUUUUAUACUUUGUACAAGGAACUGAUAUGAACAGCCAUACAACAGAUUUAUCUUUUAAUAACAUAAGAACAUAUGUUAUAAAAAUUAUAUUGCUUUCCAACACAUUCCAGUGCGCACAUGCAUGUUGUUGACUUUAUGUAGUGUGGACUGUACUGAUUUUUCUCUUUGGGUUUGAAAAUCAGGGUUUAAUGUAAACAUCCCUGUGUUGAGAACCUGAGGAAAUUAAACUUUUAUCCAUGAAUUUUAUACGCACAAUUUUAUUUGGGUGAGUUACUCCAGGGUUUGGUCCAUGGUAUGGGUAAUGGGGGGGGGGUGUCUUUGGAUUAAAGCAGCUGGACCAUGAAGCUGAGCACUCACCUCUAUAUAGUUCCAAGGUUUAGAAUGUGUGGAGUUCUCCCUCUGUGACCUUAUAUUGACUUCAAGGUAUGGUGUUUAUUUAGCACAAGGGUAACUUUACUUUUUACUUAUAAUUUUAAAAUAUGAAGCAACUUAUAUAAGACAAUGAUUAUUAUUAUUUAGUCAACACAAGUGUGGUAUAAACACACCAUGUGUUUGCAUGUACCACAUAUUUUAGCCUAUUGCAGCCAUCAUCAGGUAUAUGGAGCUUAUAAAGUCGCCCUUCUUUCUAUCUGCUUUGCCUCCCUACACUGGCCAAUAUUUACACAUUGGAAGUGUGUUGUACAGGUUAUCUAAUGUCCUUGUGUUAUAAAACCUAUUAAGUAUUGAAAUUUAAUUUUUUUUAUUAUAUUUCUAACUUACAUAAAUUUUAAAAGUACUGUCUUCUGGGAUAUGAUGUUAUAUAGUCUGGCAUAAAUGUGCAGAGUGCUUGAAUUUUGCUUGGUUUACAUUUCACUCAUGAUGAAGGAUGCCAUAUUUUCCUCUGAGGUGUCAGUAAACUUUUACCAGACUGCAAAAUGUCACAUCUCAGAAGAUAGUUCUCUUCAUAAUCACUGCUGUGAGAACUUCAGA